AUGGGAAAGUAUCUGGGAAUACCAGAAAAUAUUAGCGGAUCCAAGUGCAAGCUUUCCGCUUUCCUAAAAGAAAAACUAUCACAUCGAGUGAACGGUUGGACAGAUAGAUGGCUAUCGAAAGGAGGAAAGGAAGUUCUGAUCAAAUCUAUUCUCUUAGCUCUUCCCACAUACGUAAUGUCAAGCUUCUUACUCCCUUUGGAGAUUUGUGAGAACCUUGCAAGUGCCAUUGCACAGUUUUCGUGGAGUUCAAACCCGCCAAAAAGAGGGAUUCACUGGGCUAAAUGGGAAAAUAUGUGUGCUCCUAGAGAGGAGGGUGGAGUGGGAUUCCGCACGAUCCAUGAAUUUAAUUUAGCACUGCUAGCGAAACAACUCUGGCGCCUUGUUCAGUAUCCGGAUUCAUUAGUAGCAAGAGUCCUCAAAGGGAAAUAUUACCGUCUCAGUUAG